GCGCUGCUAGGCGAGGAGUUUAGAGGCGCGGCGUUGGAGAUGGCGCGGGCGUGGGAAGCGUGCACUGAUAUGCCGCUCUGGCAAUGGCGAUCUUUCCGCCAUCCUCAUGGGCUGCCACCACCCGAUUCGGCUGGAGGAUAUCUUGUUCUUGAGGAUGUUCCCGUAGAUAGCGAGUACAAUGACGAAGCUCCGGAGGACGAUGGUCCGACUACCAAAGAAGCUUGUCGUGACGACAUUGCGACGGCUGACAUCGAGGCACCUCGAAUACAUUUCUACACAUAUCAUAUUCUCUACAGUGAUUCAUACGGAGUUCCAAGGCUGUUUUUCAAUGUUCGGCUUCCAGAUGGCAGACAGUUGGAUUUGGAGCAAGUACAGAAAGACCUGCCACGCUCGUCCUGCGAGGAGCUUAAAAGGCACCGUUGGACAUUCCUCACUCUCGAGGAUCACCCGUAUUUGCAUAGUCCGUGGUUCACAUUGCAUCCGUGCGGAACAAGUGGCCUAAUGACCUCUAUAUUCCCCGUCGCAAGCUCCGAAACCGAGAGAAGCGGAAUCCAUUUGCAUCCUCGAGUGUCCCGCAAAGUUGAAAGUGGCAGUGGCCUCCGAUACCUGCUGGCCUGGCUCUCAUUCUCGGGGGAAGCUGCGGGGCUAAAGAUAUCGUCCCAGACAUUCUCAAAACUUAUAUCGCAUUUAAACCAAGAGAAAAACGAGAACAACAGCAGGGUGGAGUAAGUGGACAACAGCAUCGCUUCUCUUUGCUUCAAUAAAGAAGCCGAAGAAGAUGGGAAAGGAAAAGUGGCCAAGGCCAAUUUUUACAAAACAAAA